UCGCUUUAACCUGUUUCGUGCUUGAAUUUUCGUUGGAGUGGAGAGCGGAUGGAGACUGACAAGUCCUGUUUACCUAUUUCGCAUCUAAUGCAAUAAUGCUUACAAGCUUUCUCAGAGAGUUUCUUAGGCCAAUAAAUUUUGCAUCAACAAGUAGAAUUUAUGCUGUUGCAUACUGCUCAAUACUUGCACUGCUUUAUGUCGGCAGUUUGUAUGUCAACAAAUCGCCUUUCCCACGUGAUCACCCUGUAACUGUUUGGAAGCGGUUCAAAGGAGUUAUUUUUGUCUCACUUGUUGCCCCGGUGCUGGCUUUUUUAUGGGGUAAAGAUGCAGAUGAAUCAUUGCAGAAUUCCAGCUACACCAUUUUCCACUGGCUUGGAAUGCACACAGAUGGAAUUUUAAUAGCAUCAUUGCUGCCCAUGGCUCUAACUAUGAUCUUGUUUUUGGGUCCCAUAAUGCAGCUAAUUCUUGAAACACUUGAGGAAGAAGAAGUAACACACAGUUCAUUGGUUUCAUUAAAAACGCGGAUAGCCAGAUCUCUCCAUGACAUAAUCUGGUGGCGCAAUUACAUUGUGGCCCCAUUCACAGAGGAGUUUGUUUUUCGUGCAUGUAUGCUUCCAUUUCUAGUUCCUGCAUUCGGAUGUCGUGCAUCAGUUAUCCUCUGUCCGCUGUUUUUCGGCAUAGCACAUGUUCAUCAUGCAGUUGAAGGUUUAAGAAUGGGGAUGACACUGGGCUCAGUCAUUAUACGAUCAGUUUUUCAAAUGGGAUACACAACGAUAUUUGGCGCAUACUCUGCAUUUUUAUUUCUAAGAACAGGUCAUUUGGCUGGUCCAGUUCUGUGUCAUACUUUUUGUAAUUUCAUGGGAUUUCCUGAGUUUGAUAGGAUUCCACACUCUUUGUACCCGAAAACAAUAGCGACCACAUUUCUAUUUGGCCUACUUGGUUUUUAUCUUCUCCUGUUUCCUCUCACGGAUCCAGUUUAUUUCUCAAGUAUCUACUGGGAUCAAAGAUAGCUUUUCUCUAACACACCGAAUAUGCAUAGAGUCUAUAUGACGUCAUACACCAUUCGGAGUCAGAAAGACAUUCUUGAAUCAAGAUCUUCGAAUGUUCAGUGGACUUCCUCAGUCCGUCCUUUUGAUAAAUGCAAUGCUGAAAACGAUCUCUCAAGGUUUUCAGAACCCUUAGUGCAGGUUUUAAUACAAUGUAAACCUUUUUUGAUAAAGGGCUAUAUCGCCUUUUUAACUUUGAAAUUUCCACCAUAAACAUGGUUUUUAGAAACUUCUACAAUAUCUGAAUUUAAUCACGUUAGUUAUUUUUUGCAAUCCAAUCUCCUUUCACUAUGCCGGUUAAUGCCUCCAGAUAGUAUACUUUUGAAUUACUAGGAGUUCUGAGACUGGUCUGCAAACGUCAGAGAAAGUUUUAUCACCUAGUACAUGAACGGGUGUGCUUAAUGUGCAUUUUUCAGCAGAAUAAAUACUCCCAUUUUAAUUAUAGGUUUAUCAAUUUUGAGUGUCGACUAGCAAUUUUGUAAUUUUGUCAAAGUAUCGCUUAUUUCCCUUAGACCUGCCAUUUUGAAACUAUGAUUGUAUAAUCAUAUUCCUGUUUUCCUUUGCACCACAGCUCUUGUUCCUCUCUGCUAGUUUGUGUAACCCUUCCCUGUUUGCUUUCUCUAUCAUGUUCCUCUAUGAUUCGCCACUUUUUGGGUCCCUCUUUUUUAUAUCGCCCUCUUCACUCCUUACAUCUGGCUGAUAUCCGCUUGUUUCUCUUCCCCUCCCCCUUCUAAAGUUAUAACUAUUAAACACCUAUUCGCUUCUGUCACUCCCUUUCAAAUCUUAUUUAAAAGUUGUUUUGACCGGCACAAAGUUCGGGUUGUGUUUGUUCCGUAACUAUCUAAAACGUAUUUCUAAAAAGUA